CGGGGCCUUGGUAGGAGACGCGUUAAGGAGACGAUCGCUGGGGCCUCAUUCGCUCAUUCGCCCUUCACCCGCUCACCUUUUAUCGCACCUCGCCGCUUUCUAUGAUGGUGUCGCGAAUCACUGCAUUGUUAAACGUGCUUCUGCAUUGUUGCGCAUUUCUGUGCGGUUUGCUUGGGAAAGGGACUUCUGUCGCUUUGCUGUUUGAUGCAUUGUACACCUCCCUCCUCGGUGCGGUCACUGAGGCUAAUAAUAUUGUUUCUUUGCGUGUUUGCACUGCUCGUCUGCGAAAGUUUCUGCCGUCGGAGGUGGUUCCCAUCGGUCAUUCUCUACUUCAGCCUGACCGCUCCGUCAUUAUGAAGUAUGCUAUCCGGGGAUACGCCUCAGCACCUUUUAUGGUCACUUGGGAUCCGCUCUUGUGAUGCCACCCGAAACUCUGCUGCUGCAGAGUACGCACUGUCGUCGAUU